UUAUGUGAUUGGUUUAUAAAUACUCUGCUAUGUGAGAGAGAGAGUUUACUUGCUACAUUCACAAAUAAAACUUGCAAAAUGGGAAGGGUUGAGUAUUUGGCCAUGAAGACUUCGGAGGAGACGACUGCGAACCUGAUCAAUUCCGAUCUGAAUGAGUUCGUCGCCGCCACAAAGAAGCUCGUGAAAGACGUAAGGCUGCUCGGCGGGUUAGGCUUCGGCACGUCUUUCCUCCAAUGGGCUGCUUCAAUUUCCGCCAUCUAUCUAUUGAUAUUGGAUCGGACCAACUGGAGAACCAAAAUGUUGACUAGCCUUUUAGUGCCAUACAUCUUUUUCACACUUCCUACGGUUAUCUUCCACUUCUUUAGCGGAGAUUUUGGGAAAUGGAUUGCUCUCAUCGCGAUCACAAUAAGGCUUUUCUUCCCUAAAGAGUUUCCAGAGUGGCUAGAGAUCCCGGCAGCAUUGAUUCUUCUUCUGGUGGUUGCGCCGAGACUCAUUGCUGAGACACUAAGAGAAAAUUGGGUUGGAGCAGUAAUAUGUCUUGCAAUAGCAUGUUACCUUUUCCAUGAACACGUUAAAGCUUCUGGUGGAUUCAAAAAAUGUUUUACCGAGAAGCAUGGAAUUUCCAAUACCCUUGGGAUCGUUGCCCUCCUCGUUUACCCGAUUUGGACCAUAUUUUUCCACAUCUUCUAAGUCCACUCCAACACCCAUUGGCUUGUAUUGUAGUCUUGAAUUAAGAUUCAAAGUUUAAAUUGCAUAAUGUCUUUAUAAGAAGCAUUUCAGUUGUGCUGACUUGUAAGUUCUUUUAUCUUGUAUGUAUUUGCCUUGUAAGAAAUGUGAGUUUUUUUUUUUUUAUAUUGGUUGGUGUGUUGAAAAAGAUCUUGAAUA